CUGUUGCCAAGCUUCGCAGCCCCUGCCCAUUGGUCGCCCGUGCCGGGAUGAUGUCAUCCCAGCCGCGGGAGCUCGGCGUGUAAACAACCUGGCCCCGCCCUCUUGCACGUGGCGUGCGCCGAGCAGCGGCCGCUUUCCCGUCCCUUUCUAGGGGCCCCCUUUGUGACAUCAUCCGGACGCUUCCCACGCCUGAGCCGUGCCCCGCCCCAGGGUCACUGCCCGGGGGAACUGCGGAACGACUGGCGGCGUGUGGCGCAGACACAGCAUGGGGGGGGAGCAGUCGGGAAGUCGCAGGGGGCUGCAGGCAGGGCUUGCAUAAGGAGGCCAUGCAGCUGAGAUUGGCAAGUGGGGUGGUCUCACCACCCCCACCGGUGUGCAGGAAUGGAGUUGCAACCUCGUCCACAGAGACACUGGUCCCUACAGUUGCCGCUGAAGUUUCUCAGGGCAUAGACCAGGUAUUUGAACCAGCUGAUGCUUUACCAGCCCGGAGCGAGGCAGCUGCUGUACAGCCCGUCAUUGGGAUCAGUCAGAGAGUCCGGCUGAACUCCAAAGAAAAGAAGGACUUAGGAACAUUAGGCUAUGUGAUGGCCUUUAGCAUGGUGGUGAUAAUCAUUGCCAUUGGAGUUGGCAUUGUUGUAGGCUACAUCUACAAAAGGGGCAAGGACUUGAGGGCGCAGCACGAGCAGAGAGUUUAUGAGCGUGAAAUGCAGCGCAUCACCCUUCCACUUUCUGCCUUCACUAACCAGGCCUGUGAGCUUGUGGAUGAGAACACGAUAGUGGUGCACACCAACCAGACCCCUGUGGAGGAGGCACAGAAUGGCAAUGCACCACUCAUGGAGCAGGCGGGUACUCCUGGUGCCUGAAGAACUAGGGCCGGGAGAGGCAUAGGUUGGAAGUAUCCAGGCUCUCUUGUGUCCCAAUCUCUUGUGUUGGGACCAGGGGUUCAUUUGUAUUUUUUUGUUGAUGAAUUCCAGCAAUUGACAGAACUUACAGAUGCACUGAAAUGGGGGCUGUUCAUUGUAGUCCAUGACGGUGACCAUUGUGUGGCUAGCAAGACUUGUUUCACAUACAGAGUUGUAGCUGCAGCCUCAGGUAACUCCUCUCAUCUCCAGGGCGUGUUACAGCAGGGGAGAGGGAGUGGUUUCUCAGGCUAGUCAUGUGCUACCCAGGCCCCACAUCCCAUAUUCAGAAUGUGGAUUCUUAGCUUCCUCUGUCCCGUACCCUUCCCUUUUGACCUGUGCAGUGUUACUUGCAGCUGAGCCUGUACUCUGACACAGGAGCAGUAUUGUCGGGACUGGAGGAGCUUCCUCGCAGGGUUAUGCAGAGAACUAUUUGAGACUUUGAAUGUAAAGUUACUUUAGCAGACUGCUUGAGAAAAGCUAUCCCGGGCAAGUUUCUCCUUGAGAAUGGCAACAGUCAGUGGCAACCACCCAUAGGGUACAUGAAGGGUGAGGUUUCCUCCGGGAGCUAAGGUUUUUGGUUAAAGAGGAGAGAGAUGGUUUAGCUCCCGUGUAUUAGAGAUCUUUUGCAAGAUGCUCAUAAGCCCAAGUCUUCCAAGGGGCCAGGCCACACUCCUGCUUUCCUGGGCUGGUACAACAGGAACCUGGUUCCAAAACAUCCACCUGGUGUGUGUAUGUGGGAUUUGCUUCAGAGUGAUUUACAGCAGGAGGGGAGCAGAAAGUGGAGUGAAAGAAGACAACCCCUCUGCUUCAGGGAGAGCAGCCAAGUACUCUUGGCUUCUUAAAGGGAAGAGAGCCAUUUCUGACUUUCAGACUUCCCCCAAGGAAACGAGAGAUUGAGCCAGGCCUGGGGUGAAUGUAACUGGACAGCACUUGGCUGAGGGAAGGACAAAGCAGUAGCUAUGCUCAGGGCUGCCCAGAGGAUUCAGGGGGUCUGGGGCAAAAGCAAUUUUGGGGGCCCCUUCCAUAAAAAAGGAUCAGACCUCCGACAUUCUUGUGGGGGCCCCUGCAGGGCCUGGGGCAAAUUGCCCCGCUUACCCCUCUCUGCUCCCCCCUGGGCGGCCCUGGCUGUGCUGCAGGCUCACCAAGGCCUUGUGCAUCCUGUUCUGUGUCCCUUCCAUAGGCCACAGGAGAGUUUACACUGCAGAGGCUGUUUUUAUCUAAACCGGCUAGGUUGCACAAAGAUGUUAGCAUAGGUGUAUCAACAAGCAGCACUUGUUCCCCAGAGGGGGGUUGCUGGUGAUUUAUCACCUACCUAGGGCUAAUUCUAAGAAAUGCACACCCCUAUCUCUGCAGCAGGGCUCAAGCCAUCCAAAUAAGCUUUUCUACCCAUGUACUUUAAGGGGACUCAUUGUGCAGAGUACCAUGUCAAUGUUUGUAUGGUCCGGAAAAGGGAAUUUUUUUAAAGCUUUUGAAUACUAUUUGUUUGUACAUAUUUUAAAUACCUCAUGAUCAAGAUGCAGAUUAUUCUGCUUGUAUUAAAGCUUAAAAAUGAAAAUAAAGGCUCUGUGGAAACCUGA